ACUCAGGCGGGUGGCGGCGGCGGUGCUUGCUAGUGAGGGCGGGAGGGAGUGAGUCACUGAGCGUGUGUGAGGGAGGGAAGCAGCCAGCGAGCGGACAAGCUAGCAGCCCGCGCAGUCCGUCCGCAGCACCAGCCAGGCCCCGCCGCCACCGCCCCUUCGCCCCGGGCCGAGCCGAGCUGGGUCGGGCCCGGGCCAUGCUGCUCACGGUGUACUGUGUGCGGAGGGACCUCUCCGAGGUGACCUUUUCCCUCCAGGUCGACGCCGACUUCGAGCUGCACAACUUCCGCGCGCUGUGCGAGCUCGAAUCCGGCAUCCCGGCAGCCGAGAGCCAGAUUGUCUAUGCUGAAAGACCUCUCACAGACAACCACAGAUCACUGGCUUCUUAUGGCUUGAAAGAUGGUGACGUUGUGAUUUUACGACAGAAGGAGAGUGCAGACCCUCGACCUCCAGUGCAGUUCCCAAACUUACCCCGAAUAGACUUCAGCAGUAUAGCUGUACCUGGUACAUCGAGCACCCGACAGCGCCAGCCACCGGCAGCACAGCAGCCCCACUCAUCUCCUGGAGAAAUAGCUUCGUCUCCUCAGGGCUUGGACAAUCCAGCCUUGCUCCGAGACAUGCUGCUAGCCAACCCCCAUGAGCUGUCCUUGCUGAAGGAACGCAAUCCACCCCUGGCAGACGCUCUGCUCAGUGGAGAUCUUGAGAAAUUUUCUAGGGUCCUGGUGGAGCAGCAGCAGGACCGAGCCCGGAGAGAGCAAGAAAGGAUCCGUCUCUUUUCUGCUGACCCUUUUGAUCUCGAAGCUCAGGCCAAGAUAGAGGAAGAUAUAAGGCAACAGAAUAUUGAGGAAAACAUGACAAUCGCGAUGGAAGAGGCUCCGGAAAGUUUUGGCCAAGUAGUGAUGCUUUAUAUUAACUGCAAAGUGAACGGACAUCCUGUGAAAGCCUUUGUUGACUCAGGUGCCCAGAUGACGAUUAUGAGCCAGGCUUGUGCAGAACGGUGUAAUAUAAUGAGACUGGUUGACCGUCGGUGGGCAGGGAUUGCCAAGGGAGUGGGCACCCAGAAGAUUAUUGGAAGGGUACAUCUAGCUCAGGUUCAGAUUGAAGGAGAUUUCCUGGCGUGUUCUUUUUCUAUACUUGAGGAACAGCCCAUGGACAUGCUUCUGGGACUGGAUAUGCUUAAACGGCAUCAGUGUUCCAUAGACCUCAAGAAAAAUGUACUCGUGAUCGGCACCACAGGCUCCCAGACCACCUUUCUUCCUGAGGGAGAGCUGCCAGAGUGUGCCAGGUUGGCAUAUGGGGCCGGACGAGAGGACCUGCGACCAGAGGAGAUUGCAGACCAAGAAUUAGCAGAAGCCCUUCAAAAAUCUGUAGAGGAUGCAGAGCGUCCGAAGCCAUGAUGCAUGUAGUGUGUGUGUACUGCAGCUGGAGUGGGCCCCAGACCAGAGAAAAGCGGUAAAGAAACUACCUCACUGGGAAUGUCAUCAUUACCAGCCUCAGAUGGCUAUAACCAUCUAGCGCAUCCUUCAGGACAGAGUCCGGAGAUUGGUAAUCCUACGAGUUUUGCUCGCUCUGCCUCUGCUUCAGUCUGCCCUGUAAAGCCCAGUGACCCAGAUAGCCUUGAACCUAAAGCUGUCAAGGCUUUGAAGGCUUCAGCUGAGUUCCAGAUAACCUCUGACACGAGAGCGCAUCUUCUUCCUCUACAGGAUCUUUCUGAUUAUGCUUCUUCAACAGACAGUGCUCCAGCAGGCCAGAGUCCAGAUAGGCCUUUGCAGAGUUCAUCAGAAGAAGCGGAUGUUGCAGAUACUCUAAAGAAAUCUCCUGCUGAAAAAAGCACCCAGGGCCUCAAAUUUCAUCUCUAUACAAGACAGGAAACUAAUUUAUCUGUCACAACUACUAGGAUGCGUGAAUCACAAAUGCUUCUCAGUGAAAAGGGUUGGCAUCUAGAAUAUCAGAAUCUGAGUCCAGUCAACGGCCUUCAGCAGCAUGAAGAAGAACAUGAACAGCAUGAGGUUCUACAGCAGAAUUCUCCACGUGACCAAGAACAUGUUAGUAACACAGGGGACCUUGAACUUCCUGGAGAAAGGCAAAAGAAUCAACAAAAAUGUGUUGGUUUAGAAGCUGAGAUGAAAGGGGACAGGCUACAGCAGAAUGUAGACCUUCUAGAUACAGAGAGAAAUAUUCUCCCUUCAGGAUGCUUUGGUUGCUCAAAUUCAGAAACUCUUAUGGAAAUAGACAUCGUUGAACAGUCUCUGGUUGCUGUGUUUAAUUCCGAAGGUGGUCAGAAUACCAGUGUCAAGAACACUGGUGCAUCUGAUCUCACCCUAGAUAAUCCUUUAAUGGAAGUAGAGACAUCAAAAUGUAACCUUUCAAAUGAAAUUUUAAUUAAUUCCAUUUCCACUGAGGAUAUACAGCUCCCAGGAAGUGAUGUCAAAAUGUCUGGAACAAAUAAAGAAUAUGGCGAUUGCUCCUCCUCUUUAAGCGUUUGCGGCAGUUGUCAGUCCUCUGUGGAGUCAACAGAGGAGUCAUAUUCAUCUGUAACAACAGCUUUGCAGGAACUUCAUGAACUUUUGGUCAGUAGUAGUAACACAGCUUCAGAAAGUGUAUCUGAAGAAGUUUCCUGUCAAUCAGAAACACGAGUUGAAGGUCAAAUGAGUACUAAAGACUUUUCUG